AUGUCUUUCGUCAGCUCACAACAAUCUUACGCCGCCUUCUGCGAAGAAUUUGAUGAAGAUGCUAAUGUAGCGAUCCCCGAGACGAGACGGGUUGCCAACAUUUCCGCUAAACGGUCAAAACCGGAGCUUCACCCAGUGAUAGUCAGCACUGACGGAGCCAGCGAUUCUGGCUAUUCGAGCCGUACUGCGGCUACUAUUGGGAGCAGUGGAGAAUCGCUUGCCAGCGGUGCCAGCAGCUCGUACGUUGUUUCUUUGAACAACGCUAUGGCUGGACGGGAUAUGCCUCGCAUGAGGUCGCGGGGGGAUGGGAUGGAUAGAGAAAAGCAGCAUAGCCGCAAAGCAAAGGAGAGAGAGCAAAAAGAGAUGGAGGCGAUGCAGCACGAGGGCAUGAAGCCACCAUCACGAGGCUCGAGCCGUCCGACUUCUCUGACACACGCCCCCAAAGGCCGCCGUCGGGAGUCGAUGUCGGCGGGCAGGCACCCUCCAGGAAUGUGCACAGAAUGCGAUCGCCUUGGAUACCACCAUCAGGGAAUGAUACCGAACAUGAUGGACCCGCGAACUAUGGACGCAUCGUCAUACUUUAAUCAAAUUCCAGGGUACGACGUGCCACCGUCGCCUCAAACUCCUCGCUACCAGCCAAUGGAUAUGGGCAUGUCACAAAUUACCCCAGCAAUUUCGCACUCCCGUCGAUCGAACUCUUCGUCUUAUUACCAACAGAGUCGCCCCGUAAGCUUCCACCCGGGAAUUGUGCCUGAUAUGAACAUGAUGUACAUGGCUGGCAGCCCGUCGGCUCCAUACGCCGGUAGCCACACCGGCCCACCGCUCUCCGCCUCUGCCUAUACGAAUACCUACAUGCCAUCUCCCUUUGAAUCAUCCUACACGCAGCCCUCGCCAAUAAUGGGUACGUCUUACGAAAACUCCUCUCAGCUGACGCAUUACGAACGUCCCCGCACCUCAUCUAUCUCCCGGCCUGCCUCUGAACGGCCCAGACGAGGCUCGGUCUACGGCCCUGCUGUUGUGGAAAAUACCCCUCCUACACCGAGCCAUAUGCCCAACCUGGAGCGCAACUUGGAACGCCGGCCGUCUCGAGAACGACGUGCUCGUCGCCAGUCACGCACUUACCACGAUGAAGAUUAUUACCGCAUGCCUCCUCCUCGGCUUCCAGCACCGAAGCCCGCCCAGGCACAGCCUCCUGUCCAAGUAAUCCCGAUCACCAAACGCCCAACUCCUAAGAAAUCUAGCACUACGCCAUCAGCACCGACUGUCGUCCAUCGACCUCCAUCAUUCGACAUGACUGAUAUGCGUGAAGCACUCCCCCCACCGAGAGUGAGUCAGUAUCACCAGCCCCAACAACCACAGCGUCGGGCUAGCCGAAGUAUUGCUCGUGAAAAUGCUAUGCGUGAGGAAUCACCGGAAGCUAGACCCAUUCAAACAAUUGCAAGCUCCAGACCACGCAGGGCUGCGACAUAUUAUGAUGCUGCCAGGCCUGCAAGGGUCACUGUAGAAGCUCCUCGUCGUCCACGCCGUGUAUCAACCUACGGUAUUGAACAGGAAAAUCUUUUAGAGCAGAAGCAGCGUGAAGUAGAAGAAUACCAGGCCGCUCGUGCUCCUAAGCCGGCCCCAUUUACCACAGAAAUGAUUCAGAAGGUUUCCCGCCGUGUUUCAAAGGCUCGAACGAUUCAUCAACGCCAGCCAGAUCCUGAACCAGAGCCGCAGCCGGAGCCGGAGAUUGAAUGUCUAAGUGAAACUGACACUGACACCGAGAGCGAGGAGGAAGAAGAAUCAGAGGAAGAGGAAGAGGAGCAGGUGGUCCAAGUCUACCCAGUGUCUCGUGCCUCUCGACAACAACCUCGACGGCAGCAACCGCCAGCGCCUCCCCCGCCCCCGCCAGCACCAGUACCAGCACCAGUACCCCUCACAAACGAGAUGCUCCGUAAAGCCGCUUCUCGUCGGCCCCCUCCAAUCCCACAUAGCGAAACUGAAAGCGACGAUGAUGACGAUGAUGCCAUUGAAGACGAUGAUUCUUCGCCCGAAAGCAGUGACUCGGAAGAUGACACUAGCGAUGUCCACACCAAAAAUGGCAGUGCUGCCGGCUCUCGAGUUGACGACGAUAGUAUCACUAUGAUUAUCCGAGGCGUUAAAAUCGGUCUUUCUAGCGAUGCUAUCGAUGGUAAAACUAUCAACUUCCGUUCUGGCGAGGAGGGAGGUGUCGAGUUGAACAUAGGUGGGCGCAAACGUGAUCGGUAUAUUCUGCCUCGCUCGGAUACUGCUAGUACAGGCAGCCGUAGGGAAGCUGAUGACAUCAGACGCCUACGCGAAGACCAUAGGGCUGAACGUGAUAGCAGACGCUCCAGCCGAUCCGGAUACAGUGGACGAGGUUUGCUCGAGUAA